AUGGGUCGCGUCAGAACCAAGACCGUCAAGAAGUCCGCCAAGGUCAUCAUUGAGCGCUACUACCCCAAGCUCACCCUGGACUUCGAGACCAACAAGCGUGUGUGCGAUGAGAUUGCCAUCAUUGCCUCGAAGCGUCUGCGCAACAAGAUUGCCGGCUACACCACCCACUUGAUGAAGCGUAUCCAGCGUGGUCCCGUCCGUGGUAUCUCCUUCAAGCUCCAGGAGGAGGAGAGAGAACGCAAGGACCAGUACGUCCCCGAGGUCUCUGCUCUCGACUUCGCCCAGAACUCGGAGAGCGGCCAGCUCGACAUCGACGGCGAGACCAAGGACCUGCUCAAGCACCUCGGCUUCGACUCCAUCCCCGUCAACGUUGUCCCCGUUACCCAGCAGCAGGGUACCGAGCGUCCCCGCCGCUUUGGCGACCGCCCUCCCCGAUCAUAA